AUGUCGCUGUGGGGGCCGCGCAGUCCGGCGCAGCAACCCAAUUUCGCCACUCAGUUUGGGAUUGUUCAGGAGCCGUAUGCGCUGGCCAGUCCUUUGCUCGGGCCGUCCCCGCGCGUCGACGGCCAAACCCCGAACCCGGGGUACGAACCCGUGACGGCCGACGACGUGCGGCGUGACCUCCCAGUGCCAGCGGCGCUUCGUGACAGCAACGCGGUAACGAACAGCCGGUACGCUGCGGCGGAUGAGGCGUAUACCGCAUCACAAGUUCUUUUCCAGGCGGUGCAGAAAGCCGCGUCUCUACUCAUCGGGACCUUUCUCAUGCUGAUACUCCUCUUGUUCGCGAUCGCGUUUCUGUUUUACGGCUCCGAGCACAUGACCGACAAAGCCGUCGAUAGGCUCGGCGGCAGUGUCAGGGACGGGUUCGGGGGUCCAGGCGGCCCACCGGCGGUGUGAUAACAUUCUUGGUACAGCAGAAACAAGAUCAAGUGUCGUUAUUUUGUGGAAAACAGUUGUGUAGAGGCUGCCACGACACGAAUCUGGUGUUAAUGUCCGGAACAAUAGAUGCAGUUCUCAAGCGGCAUUUCUAAGGAAGAUGACGCCCCGGAUUGAUGUGUAGGAUAUGUUUGCUUCGCAUCGCACAGUUUUUCUCCUUUCGAAGAAGCGCGAAACAGAAAAUGAAGCUGUAGAUAGCCCCGGAAAAGUUGGAAGAUAAAGAACUAUUGCGAGAAGAAUUUUAUUUCCCUCCGAUGUACAAUGAGUAUUGAACACAGAUGAAGUCCAAUUCCAAAAGACGUGAUGAAGUGAUAGACAGUUGUCCCGACAAUGAU